AUGGGAAAAUCGGAGAUAGAGUCAUGGACAGCGUCCACUUCCAGUGCUGUAGACGACACUAACUCCGUUAACAAUGGAACAGCUAGCACUCAGCUAGAAUGGCGCAGAGAAGAUGUCCUUGCAGACUGGUCGAGAGCGUUGGAGGCAGCACGCUGCCGGCUUCUGACGAGCAGCACCAAAUCGCGUGUCCAAUUCCUUCGUGAGGAGCUGAUGGUGUCUCUUCCAGACCUUGACAUCUCCCAGGCGAUGGAUAUCUUUCGGUUACUCACGUUGACCUACCCUCGUUAUGCCGACCCACAACCCCGAGAGGCUGUUGAGGAACUCAUACAGCGAGAUGAACUUCGAGGGAUUCCAGGGGGAGGUCCUGACGUGCCGAAGCUUGGAGUCGCUGAGCAGAUUUUAAGAUGGCUGUCUCAGGAGGUCGGGCAUAUUUCCAAGAGAUCGAGGUUCGUUCUCGUUUGA